AUGAGGCCGGCAAUUGCUGCCCCCGCGGCUAUCCGCCAUGCAUCUUCAAUUGCCCAUCCCUCCCGUCGCCAGACUUGUGCUUUUGCAACUCGCUGUUUAGCUUCUCACUCGCCUGCGACAUCGGCCCAACUUUUGAGCCCGCGACGACCAGCAACAAUCACUGCCAGGACAACUCCCGCCAGCCUAUACACUCUCGUCGCACAGCACAGAAUGGCGUCCUCCUCCUCAGUCCAGAAGAUCAAGGUCAAAAACCCCGUCGUGGAGCUCGACGGUGAUGAGAUGACCAGGAUCAUCUGGCAGGUCAUCAAGGACAAGUUUAUCCACCCUUACCUCGACAUUGACCUCAAGUACUACGACCUGGGCCUGCCAUACCGUGAUGAGACCGACGACCAAGUCACGCUCGAUGCCGCCGAGGCCAUCAAAAAGUACUCAGUUGGUGUCAAGUGCGCAACCAUUACUCCAGACGAGCAGCGUGUAGAAGAAUUCAAGCUCAAGAAGAUGUGGUUGUCGCCCAAUGGCACCAUUCGAAACCAUCUAGGAGGAACCGUCUUCCGCGCACCCAUUGUUAUCCCCACCAUCCCUCGUCUCGUCCCUGGAUGGAAGCAGCCCAUCAUCAUUGGCCGUCACGCUUUCGGCGACCAGUACCGCGCCAAGGACCGUGUCAUCCCCGGUGAGGGUACCUUGGAAAUGGUCUUCACACCAAAGGGCGGCAAGCCCGAGGUGAUCAAGGUCUACGACUUCCCUGCAGAGGGUGGUGUCGCUCAGACCCAGUACAACACAACCGAGUCCAUCUCGGGCUUCGCACAUGCCUCGUUCAAGAUGGCGCUCGACAAGAAGCUGCCUCUGUACAUGAGCACUAAGAACACCAUUCUUAAAGCCUACGACGGAAAGUUCAAGGAUGUUUUCCAAGAAAUCUACGACACCCAGUAUAAGAAGGACUUUGAGGCCGCCAAGAUCUGGUACGAGCACCGUCUGAUUGACGACAUGGUCGCUCAGAUGAUCAAGAGCGAGGGUGGCUACGUUAUUGCCAUGAAGAACUACGACGGAGACGUCCAAUCUGACAUUGUCGCUCAGGGUUUCGGCUCUCUUGGUCUCAUGACUUCCACACUCAUCACCCCCGACGGCAAGACGUUCGAGGCUGAGGCCGCGCACGGUACCGUUACCCGCCACUACCGCGAGCACCAAAAGGGCAAGGAGACAUCUACUAACCCCAUUGCCUCCAUCUUUGCCUGGACACAAGGUCUGGCCAAGCGUGGCGAGCUCGACAACACCCCUGAACUUGUCGUCUUUGCCGAGACGCUCGAGAAGGCUUGCAUCGACACGGUCGAUGUUGACAAGAUCAUGACCAAGGAUCUGGCGCUAGCGUGCGGAAAGAAGGAUAGGGCUAGCUGGGUCACAACCAACGAGUACCUGGACGCAGUGGAACGAAGGCUCAAGUCGAGUUUGAAGGGAAAGCUAUAG